GUAGUGAUUUGUGGAAUUAGAUGCAUAUGUCGUUCUGCAUUUAUGGCUAUGAAAACGUCAUCCAAGUUAUUAACGCUAUUGCGUCCUCUCACUCCGUCUGAGCUUCUCAAUACAAUUCGAGGGAAUCCCGGAAUGACGGCGGAGUACUAUGCGAACCGCUACUUUGGUAAGGAUAAAGUAAUGGAAAUUAACCACUUUCUGUGGGGAAAUCUCAAGCGGUAUGGAAAGAUCUAUCAUGAACGCAAUGAGUCCGAUGCACCGCCGAAGUGGUUUCCUGUCUUCGGAAUGGCGCGAAUUCAUCGCGUAUACCAACAUAAUUCUGAAAAUGAAGAUCUCUCCGUGCUGAGGAGUUUAAAAGAUAUUCAUUUAGAAGAAUCCGCGCAAUCUGACUCCUACACUUGCGACGAUGAAUCAUUUGAGGAUAUCACAAACGAAGAUGGGGUGAAUGAGACUAACCUUAAAGUGGAGAUGACCAUUAUGCAGGAGGUGCAAAAGAAGCCUGGGGAGGAUAUUCAGUUUUAUAUUCAACGCUUACCGGUGGACAUGCAGCGGAGAGCUCCGCUCGCGUUCAAGCGGCUACGUGAGUCUGGCAUGAUCAAGCGUGAAUUCACUACUGCAGGUGGAUUUGUAUGGCAUUGAACACGUUAUAACCCCUUGGUAGGGAAGAAGGUUCUUGCUUAAAUGUGAACUUACCGUGCAUUUCCCCGAUAUCACCAUUAGCAUCAGAGUCAGGUGAUUUGAAAUUUUUAACCCCAUUAAAAAAAAAACAAUGUUUCUGAUGAUAUCACUCUCGUUUAUCGUAUUCCAAGCUGAUUUCAUUAUUAAUCUUUCAUACCAACUUAAAAACUUAGGCUGUUGGUGAAUAGUUAUAGAAUUUAAAAAUGUUAUAUCGUAUCCAUCUUAUGAAAUGUUCACUGGGAAAUAUGACAUUUGUGGAAUAGCAAACUAUGGUGUUGUUCUUUUUAUACCCUAUGUGGUUCUUCAAAGGGGUGUACUUCUCACUGAAAUGGUUGAUCCCAU